ACGACAUUGCCACUAGCCGCGUAAUUCACAGUUCGGUGAUGGCAGCAGCAUCGAUCGCUGCAUUCUUGUUGUUCUGCUUCUUAGCUUCGCUCUGGCCAGCCGGAGCUUCAUCAAUCCGUACGCCUUCUGUUUGCGAGCCAGAAAACCGGCCAGACCCUCGGACUGUCAGGUCAGACCAGAUCACCGUCCUCAUCAACGGAUUUUCCGAAUCCCGCAUCCCUCUCCUCCAAUCCAUUGCUGCCGCGUACUCGGCCUCUCCGAUAGUAUCAUCCGUUCUCGUUCUCUGGGGCAACCCGUCCACCCCGGCACAAACUCUGACUCAAUUGGCCCACAAUCUCUCGCUCUCUUCCUUCGGCCCAGAGCCCAUCAACCUGAUCCGCCAAUCCUCGAGCAGCCUCAACGCCCGCUUCCUCCCCAGGUCGUCCAUCGGAACACGCGCCGUCUUGAUCUGUGACGAUGACGUGAAGAUCGAUCGUAGAUCAUUCGAGUUCGCAUUCCGAGUGUGGGGAUCGAAUCCUGACCGUCUGAUUGGUUUCUUUGUUAGAUCACACGACAUUGACUUGUCAACAGGAGAGUGGAUUUAUACGGUGCACCCGCACAAGUAUUCCAUCGUACUGACCAAGUUGAUGAUCUUGAAGACUGAAUAUUUGUUCAGGUACAGCUGCGGAGGUGGGCCCGAGAUGCAGGAAAUGCGGAGGAUCGUCGAUCGGGUGCUGAAUUGCGAGGAUAUAUUGAUGAAUUUUGUGGUGGCGGACGAGGUUAAUGCGGGACCCAUAUUGAUUGGGGCCCAGAGGGCGAGAGACUGGGGAGACAAGCGAAAUGAUGAGGAUGGAGGGCUUGGAUUGAAAGACAUGGUGAGUACGGUGGGUCUGAGUAGUAGGAGAGGUAAGCAUAGGAAAAGAAGGGGGAAAUGUAUAGGGGAGUUUCAUAAAGUGAUGGGCAGGAUGCCUUUGAGAUAUAGUUAUGGGAAGGUAGUUAAUUCUGUUGGUGAACAAGGAUUGUGUAAGAGAGGAGGGAAGUUGGUAUACUGUGAUCGAUGAGUUGGGGACAAUUUUAGUCCAUUGAAAUUUGAACAUAAACAUUUCAAUUUUCAAGCCUUUUCGGGAUAUGGGUUUGUUUGAUCUCCUCUAUUACUAUUAGUCGAAAAACACAACCUUCUGAUAUGAAUAUGUUGACAUUGACAGUGUUGGAUAGCAGUCUAGCACCAGAAAUGAGACAACCGGGGGGGGGGGUGUCCAACUAUAUUUAUCUCCAAAGUCCAAAUAUGUGAUGUGAUGCUCAACACACGUGACGUGAAACGGUAACUAAAUUUGACUGCCAGUAA